AAUCACCAAAUAUGGAUUCUUCUUCCCAUAACAAUGUAGAUGAAGAAUUUGAUCAAAUGUUUGAUGAUGCAUUUGAUCAACAGUUCGAUCAAAUUUUCGAUCAAACUUUCAAAAAUUUAAUGAUUCAUGGUGAUGAAGAAGACGCAAGGAAAAAAAGAAAAAAACGAGCCUUUAUCGAAAGAAACCGAGAAGAAGGUCAUGUACGUCUAUGGAAUGAUUAUUUCAGUGAAACUCCGACGUAUCCUGAAAAUUUUUUCCGACGACGGUUUAGAAUGAACAAGCCUUUGUUCAUGCGCAUUGUUGAUCGACUCUCCAAUGAAGUUCCAUACUUUCGCCAAAAAAAAGAUGCUCUUGGAAGGCUUGGUCUCUCUUCACUCCAAAAGUGUACAGCAGCUAUUCGUGUCUUGGCAUAUGGUAUUGCGGCUGAUACGGUCGAUGAAUACCUACGUCUCGGUGAAACCACGACUCGUAAAUGUUUGGAACAUUUUGUGGAAGGAAUAAUAAAUUUAUUCGGCGAUGAGUACCUACGAAGACCAACACUGGCUGAUCUACAACGUCUACUUUAUAUUGGAGAGUAUCGUGGAUUUCCCGGUAUGAUAGGCAGCAUCGAUUGUAUGCAUUGGGAGUGGAAGAAUUGUCCCACUGCUUGGAAAGGGCAAUAUUCUCGUGGCUCGGGAAAACCAACAAUAGUUUUAGAGGCGGUUGCUUCAUACGAUCUCUGGAUAUGGCACGCAUUUUUUGGACCACCAGGUACCUUAAACGAUAUCAAUGUUCUUGAUCGCUCACCUGUUUUUGAUGACAUAGUAAAGGGUCAUGCUCCGGCAGUCACUUACUAUGUCAAUGGAAGAGAGUAUCAUCUGGCUUACUAUCUCACCGAUGGUAUUUAUCCGAAAUGGGCAACUUUUAUCCAAUCUAUUCCAUUGCCACAAGGGCCGAAAGCAGUUUUAUUUGCUCAACAUCAAGAAGCUGUCCGAAAAGAUGUCGAGCGUGCUUUUGGAGUCUUGCAAUCUCGCUUUGCCAUCGUUAAAAACCCAUCACUUUUUUGGGAUAAAAUCAAAAUUGGGAGGAUUAUGCGAGCAUGUAUCAUACUCCAUAAUAUGAUAGUAGAAGACGAACGGGAUGGAUACUCUCUAUUUAAUGUUUCUGAGUUCCAACAAGGAGAAGACAACGGAAGUUCACAUGUGGAUCUCAUGUAUUCUACAGAUAUCCCAACAAAUAUCGCCAAUAUGAUGAAUGUUCGAACUAGAAUUCGUGAUAGACAGAUGCAUCAACAACUAAAAGAUGAUUUGGUUGAACAUGUAUGGCUUAAAUUUGGACGUGAAGACGACAAUAACUGAACUCAGAUGCUUCUUUUAAAGUAUUAUCGUUUAUUUUAGUAUGUUUUAAUUAAUAAAAAAAAUAAGUUUAAUAAUUUUUUUUCAAGAACCCUUAAUUAAGAACCUUUGCAAUGGACCUAUUAAAUUUAUGGGUUUCUGUCCUUGGUCUCUUAAUACACUUUUCCUAAUAAAAUGCAUUAAAAAUUAAGAAAACCCCCUUAUAUGGGGUUUUGCAAUAAUCCUGCUCUGAGAUUGGACAUGAGAGUCGUCUAUCACUAGAGUUUCAUGAGGCAUAUUUUUUUAUCUUCUAGU